UAGAGCAGCCUGGAGUCGAGUGUAGUGGAGUUGUGUCCCUGUGGCCGCCAUUAAAGGAUGCGACCAAUGUAUUCAAACAAACCAGUGAGACACAGCUGAGCGCUGCACGACACAGCCUCUUUUAACUGCGCUUUUUAAACCACGACGCUACACUUUUUAUCACCAACUUCUCCGCGGAUGGCCGUCGACGACAGCCCGGUGAAGACCUAAAGGGGGGAGCGUGAUUUUUAGCGAGAUUUACAGCUGAACUCUUCUGUCUUGAACUGUUUGUUGCUGCCUCGCUUAGCCAAGGCUAACAACCAGCUAGCCUGAUGCUAAGCUAAGCUAAAGGGGGAGGGCUGAAUUCACCUCCCUACCCCCUCGGACUGCUGUACUUGCAUAUUAUUUGAUGUAACGAAAUCCGCGGGGAGAACAGCAUAUCUCGCCGCGGAUCAUGGUAAAGUUUUUAGCGCAUUUUUUCCUGGUAACGUAAGCGAGUAACCUCUAGCGGAAUAAUAGCGGAGCUAAGCUAAUUAGCUCGCUGGACGCGGAGCCGUCCUGCUGAUUGUGUCCGAGAGACGGAGACCCGAUCCAAAAGCCUCGAUCGCAUUAUCUGUUCCUGGGAUCUGAAAGAGAGGAUGGCUCGCCGGACUGCGCUUUGAUGAUGAGUUCUUGUUUUGUACCCAACGGGGCGAGCCUGGAGGACUGCCACUCCAAUCUAUUCUGUCUGGCUGACCUCACAGGGAUCAAAUGGAAGUGUUUUGUGUGGCAGGGCCCCACCUCGUCCCCCAUCCUCUUCCCAGUGACGGAGGAGGACCCCAUCCUGUGCAGCUUCAGCCGCUGCCUGAAGGCAGACGUGCUGAGCGUUUGGCGGAGACACCAGACUCCAGGUCGACGGGAGCUCUGGAUCUUCUGGUGGGGGGACGACCCCAAUUUCGCAGAGCUCGUCCACCAUGACCUAUCAUGUAAUGAGGACGGUUCGUGGGAGAGCGGCUUGACCUACGAGUGCCGAACGCUGCUCUUCAAAGCCAUCCAUAACCUGCUGGAGCGCUGCCUCAUGAACCGAUCCUUCGUUCGCAUCGGCAAGUGGUUUGUCAAACCCUACGAAAAGGAUGAGAAGCCCAUCAACAAGAGUGAACACCUGUCCUGCUCCUUCACGUUCUUCGUGCAUGGAGACAGUAACGUGUGCACCAGUGUGGAGAUUAACCAGCACCAGCCUGUUUACCUGUUGAGUGAGGAGCACCUGACUUUGGCCCAGCAGAGCAGCAGCUCAGUUCAAGUCAUCCUCUCUCCGUAUGGUCUGAGCGGGACUCUGACAGGCCAGUCCUUCAAGCUCUCGGAUCCACCGACCCAGAAGCUGAUUGAGGAAUGGAAGCAGUUUUAUCCCAUCGGCCCCAACACCAAAGAGGUCACAGAUGACAAGAUGGAUGACCUCGACUGGGAGGACGAUUCCUUAGCCGCCGUUGAAGUCGUAGUCGCUGGUGUGAGGAUGGUGUACCCAGCCAGCCUGGUGCUGGUGGCCCAGUCAGACAUCCCGCUGGUGGCUACAGUGAGCUCUUCCUCCUCCUCGGGCUCUUACGCUGGAGCUCCGCAUAAUCAGUUGGUCCAUGGAGACACUGGCAUCUCUUCAGUCACACUGACUCCUCCCACUUCACCUGAAGAGGCACAAGCAGUCUCUCAGCCUACCCAGAAGUGGGUAAAGCUCUCGGCAAUGUCAGGCGCCUUUAGUGUGGACAGCAGCAGCCAUCAUGGAGGAAAGAUCCCCCGCCGGCUAGCCAGUCAAAUGGUGGAGCGAGUCUGGCAGGAGUGCAAUAUUAACCGAGCACAGAACAAGAGAAAGUUUUCCACCAUGUCUAAUGGAGUUUGCGAGGAAGAAACAGACAAAGCUUCUGUUUGGGACUUUGUGGAGUCGUCUCAAAGGUCACAGUGCAGCUGCUCAAGGCUUAAAAACCAGAAACAGCGGGCAUGUAGCACUCCAGGGCAUCCUCCAUCUGCUGGCCAGCCUCCUCAGCCCUCUACCAAACACAAGAUGGCGGAGAAGCUGGAGAAGGGGGACAAGCAGCAGAAAAGGCCCCUGACGCCCUUCCACCACCGCAGCUCUCUGUGUGAAGAACAACCCAGCUUGGAGCAAGGAGAGAGCGUUCACCGGCUGUGUCUCCAGGGUCAUGAGGACAGCAGGUAUCCCAGCCUCCACCACGCAGACAUCACCUCCAGCAAGACACCAAUGCUCCACAGCACUGUAGAUGAGAUGGGAGGUUCCCCUCAGCCGCCACCGCUCAGCCCGCACCCCUGUGAACGCAUGGAGGAACCAGCCGAUGGCAUAAAGAGUUCAUCCUCACCCCUGCACCAACACUUUUACCCUCCUUCCUCUGAGCCCUGCCUGGAGCCCCAGAAACCACCAGAUGAAUCCACUUUAGACCCAUUGCCCUUACCCUGCCCACCUCCAUACCCAGAGACACUAGAGGCCACUGUAUACGUGGGCUCAGCCAUAAACCCCAAUGAAGAUACGACGCAUAACCCCUGGAAGUACUUUAGGGUGCCUGGAGGGAGGAAUUCAGAUUUCCACACACCUCAGCUUCCUGUGGUUUCACACUUUGAGGAUGGGAACAGGACUGGAGGGCAGGAUGGUGUUGUGUCCAUUACGGAGAUGAUGUCCUCUUCCAAAAGGCCUCUGAAGGUGUCUGAAGAGCUGGUGAAGAUGUAUGAGCAUAAGAAAAACCUGUAUCUAUCAUCGGCUGUGUGUGAUGAAGAUCCAGAGCGAGAAUCUGAUCCUUACGCUUUUGAGGAAGGAGACGAGGAGUUCACGUUCUCCGAUAAAGACAAAAAGCCUGGACCCGAGAGAGAGGCUGGGAAAAAAGCUAAGAGGGAAGAUGGCAGUUCAUCUUCUGAUGAUGCCCAGGGUUCAGGUGGUAGUAAACCACUUCCUACAACCAGCCUGAUCCACGAGACAGAUCUGGUCGUGUCCAUUAAUGACCUGGACAACCUUUUUAACUCUGACGAGGAUGACCUUACGCAGCCUGGAUCCAGGAGAGCUGCCGGUGGAGCCGAGGAGAAAUUUGGAGGGAAGGAACCAAAACCUGCAGCGCCAGACCCCCUGCCUUGCUGUGCAGACCUGCACCAGAUGUUCCCAACCCCUCCGUCACUGGAUCAGGGUUACUCUCCUAUAAACAUGGGCAACACGGAGUCAGCAGCUGGCCUUUCUCUUCUGGAUGGGGCCAUGAGCGGGAACUUCAAGAUGGAGGUGGAGGAGGGUUUCUGCAGCCCUAAACCCUCUGAGAUAAAGGACUUCUCCUACGUGUUUAAGCCAGAGUCCUGCCAAGUGCUCAUCGGCUGCUCUCUUUACGCCCCUCUGAAGACGCUGCCCAGUCAGUGUCUGCUUCCCGUCAAGCUUCCAGAAGAAUGUGUGUACCGGCCCAGCUGGACAGUUGGCAAACUGGAGAUGCUGCAGCCGAUGGCAGCCAUGACCUUCCUCAACAAGGACAG